CUUCAGCAGCAUCCCGGUAUUGUAACUUUUCGGAACUUGCCUGCCAGUUGAUCCAGUGGCCAGUAACUCACAUUCCUGCCUAACGCUCAAUCGAAAUAUCCGUCCACGCUUCGUGUUCAAUACUGUGGUUAACUCUCCGUUAGUUCGUCUUGCGAAAGAGAAUGUGGAAAUCAACAGCGGGCCGUGAUAUUGACGCCGGCCAGGGUGCCGAGGACGACGACUGGGAAACCGAUCCCGACUUUGUGAACGAUGUGAGCGAACAGGAACAGCGCUGGGGAUCGAAAACGAUUGAAGGAAGUGGCCGCAGCGCGGCUGCGAUUGACAUGCACCAGCUGCGGCAGGAAACGGAGCAAGCCGAUGCGGAGAAGAAGCGAAAGGAUGGACCGAAAGCGUCACACGGUUACGGUGGUAAGUUCGGUGUCGAGAAGGAUCGCAUGGACAAGUCGGCAGUCGGUCACGAGCAUAUAGAAAAGGUGGAGAAGCACGCCUCCCAGAAGGACUACGCGUCCGGCUUCGGCGGUAAGUUUGGAGUGCAGAAGGAUCGCGUUGACAAGUCAGCGCACGGCUGGGACCACGUCGAGAAGGUGGACAAGCAUGAAUCGCAAAAGGACUACAAGACAGGGUUUGGCGGGAAGUUCGGUGUGCAGCAGGACCGGCAGGACAAGUCGGCGGUUGGAUGGGACCACCUGGAAGCACCGCAAAAGCACGAAAGCCAGCUCGAUCACAAAGUGGGCUUCGGAGGGAAGUUCGGUGUGCAGAGCGACCGAAAGGACAAGUCGGCCUUUGGCUGGGACCAUGUCGAAAAACCGCAAAUGCACGAAAGCCAGGUUGACCACAAAAUUGGCUUCGGUGGCAAGUUUGGUGUGCAGAACGAUCGCAUGGAUAAGUCCGCCCUCGGAUUCCAGGAGCAGGACAAGAUUGGAACCAACUACACCAAAGUGAAACCGGACAUUGGUUCGGCAAAACCGUCAAACUUACGUGCCAAGUUUGAGAACUUUGCCGCAACGGCAGAAGAAGAUGCACGGAAGGGCGCGGAAGAGCAGAAAAAGCUGCGUGAGGAGAAGGACCGACGUGAUCGGGAGGAAGCGGCCAAGCGAGUGAAUUACUCUGCCGAAUCCACGGAACCUAAGAAGCCCGAACGGAAGGGUCCAAUCAAUACCGGUAGAGAAACGGGUGUCAGUAGCGCCAUCAGCAAUUUCAACAAACCACAGGAACCCGUGACCCCAGAAAAGACGAGGAAAGACCCAAUCUUGCUGCCUAAAACUGAGGAGCCUAAGAAGGCUGUACAACCGGAUGUCAUACCACCGAGUGAUCCUGCUCCGGUUGUAGCUAAAGUGCCGGAAGUAGAUCAAUCGGAAUCGAUGAUGGCUACACAACCUGCACCAAUUCCCGAACCAUCGCCUGUCGCACGGACCUCAUACACUGCAACUGUGGUAGAAACGACUGAGUCGGAGCCACCGGCUGCCAACACAUAUCAGGGCGUGUCUCAGCCACUGCAAACACCCGUUCCGGCGGAAACCGAACAGGUGGAAGAAUUCGUGCUAUCGCCAGACAAUCCCGGUAUUCAGGCGAUAGCACUGUACGAUUAUCAGGCUGCGGCGGACGAUGAAGUGUCUUUCGACCCGGACGAUAAGAUAACGCACAUCGAAAUGAUUGAUGAAGGUUGGUGGCGGGGAUGGUGCAACAACAAAUAUGGCCUAUUUCCGGCAAACUACGUACAGCUGCUGCAGUAAACGCGACAGCACAACAAAUCAUCAAACUGACUUCAUUUGCUGCUCACAUGGACAUUAGCUCCUCUUUCGCAUUUAUCAUCGCCCCAAUCAAUCAUGCUUGACGAUGGCGUUUUAUACUUUCAAUUAGUCGACGGGCUGAAGAAAGACCAACAUUCCUUUCACAGCAUCUUUCGCACACGCAACAGGUUCUUCCGUACUAGUAGUAUUAGACUUUAUGGGCUCUUCUAAUUAUUUUUUAUUAAACACAAAAAGUGAAAAAGGAGUCGCUAGGUUGGAUGGAGCAUUUUAUUUUCCCAACGGACUUCGACUUAGGCUAUAGAGUGAGGGUGUUAACAUAGUGAACAACCUACCCUCCACGUUGCGCAAAACGAGAUUCUUCAUAUUUCAGGGCGUAAAGCCAAACGAUGACAUCUUUCGAUGUAAUAGGAUACAGUUCAAUCGUUGCCUAGAGCAUUUUCUUAAGGAAGUAGACGUAUAUUGUGCAAAAAGCAGUUCGGGAUAAAAAUAGAGCAACAAACAAUUGCUCGACACGAACCCGUUUAAACCCACGUUUGAAGCAUAACAUUGCUGUUCCGAGAAAUAGAUAUCAAAAAGGUUCGU